AUGCUUUUCCUGGAGCGCCCGUGUGUGAUGAACCUGGAGCGCAGCGAAAGAGGCGAGCGCCCUCCUCCUCGAGGCCCGGACAUGGAGCCUCGUGCUGGGGGAAAGAUGGUGAAGAUAUCCGUGGGCUUCCAGAGGAGCUCCACCUCCGACGAUGACUCUGGAUGUGCGCUGGAGGAAUAUGCGUGGGUGCCACCUGGACUCAGGCCUGAGCAGGUCCAGAUGUACUUCUCCUGUCUGCCGGAGGAAAAGGUGCCGUACGUCAACAGUCCCGGAGAGAAGCAUCGGAUCAGACAGCUCCUCUACCAGCUGCCGCCUCAUGACAACGAGGUGCGUUACUGCCACUCCCUGACGGAGGAAGAGAAGAGGGAGCUCCACAUGUUCAGUGCCCAGCGGAAGAGGGAGGCACUGGGGAGAGGAACACCCAAGAUCCUGCCCCGAGCUCUGCACCACACCCGCUGUGAAAGUUGUGACGGAGGCAUCAAUGGAGGAGAGAUGGCUAUUUUUGCCUCCAGAGCGGGGCCGGGCCCCUGCUGGCACCCAGCGUGCUUUGUUUGCGCCACAUGUCAAGAACUGUUGGUGGAUCUGAUAUAUUUCCACCAAAAUGGCAAGACUCUCUGCGGACGACAUCACGCUGAGCUUCUCAAACCACGGUGCUCUUCUUGUGACGAGAUCAUCUUUUCCGAUGAGUGCACUGAAGCAGAGGGUCGUCAUUGGCACAUGAAGCACUUUGCCUGUUUUGAGUGCGAGACAAUGCUAGGUGGACAACGCUACAUCAUGAAAGAUGGCCGGCCCUACUGUACUUGCUGCUUUGAGUCUCUGUAUGCAGAGUACUGCGAGGCCUGUGGUGAAAACAUUGGUGUUGACCAUGCCCAGAUGACCUAUGAAGGUGUACACUGGCAUGCCGCAGACCAGUGCUUCUGUUGUGCCCAGUGCAAGACGUCCUUGCUAGGCUGUCCCUUCCUUCCAAAGCAGGGUCGCAUCUAUUGCUCAAAGGCCUGCAGCCAGGGGGAAGAUAUUCUUGCCUCCGACUCGUCUGAUUCUGCCUUCCAGUCUGCACGCUCACGUGAAUCACGGCGCAGUGUGCGCAUGGGGAAGAGCAGCAAGCCUGCCGAACAGUGGAGACAGUCACAGCUGAUCAACCCUCCAGCCUCCGUCCCCGCGUUUGAGGAUAAGUUUGGAGAUGGAGAGGCUGAUUGCGACAUUGGUAUCGUAGGGCGUAAGCUGGCCCGUCUAGGUCUGGAGGAGGAGAGGUUCUGGAGGGAGCGGGAGGAGCAGGAUGCUGGUGGGGACGAGGAUCCAGAGGAGUGGGCCCAGCAUGAGGACUAUAUGACUCAGCUCCUUCUCAAGUUUGGAGACCGCGGGAUGUUACAUCAACUUCAGCAGCCGACCCUAAAAUCUCCCAGUCCUAGCAGUGAUAGACCCAGAGUAAUGAGUGUCUCAGACCCCUGGCUAAAACCUGAUACAACAUCUUUGGGGGUCACCGCCUCCUCUCCCACCCCUGCCAGUCCAACCCAGAGCCAGACUUCCAAUCAAUCCCAGACCAACAGCUUCAGCCCCGGACUGAUGAGCAAGAAGCAUCUGCCUGAAAUGUACUGGGCCCAGUCCCAGGACGGGUUGGGGGACUCAGCCUAUGGAAGUCAUCCAGGCCCUGCCAGUGCCAGAAAGAUUCAAGAGUUGGAGUUGGACCAGGAUCAGGAACAAUCUGGGACAGGAAGACGGGCCUUCUGGCAAGACAACAGGGAGUGGUACGAUGACUCCCUUGAGUGUAUCGCUGAUGAGCUGAGGAAAGUUGAGCAAGGCGCAGGAGACUCCAUGGACUCCUUGGCACUUUCAAAUAUCACUGGUGCAUCAGUGGAUGGAGAUGGAAGGGAUAGAUCCAUGGUCUACAGCCUUGCCAUUCAGAAUCCAUCAAUUGUAGAUGACUGCGAGAAGAUGAGCAACAUGGGGACCUUUAAUUCAUCUCAUCUUCACCACAGUGCCAACUCUCUCAACCUUCACAUGGAAAAGGGAGAUGAUGAGGACGUAGCAUUGGCAAUGAGGGGAGGAGCACCAGGAGGACAUCUCGCAAUGUCCCCACAUUCGGAAGGCCUCCCUUCCUCCUUCAUCCAUGCACCAGCUCUUCGGAGAAGCAAGUCCCAGUCUCGGCCUCCACAGAUGGUCAAGUUUUCAGAAGACACAGUGGACAACGGAUAUAAUGAUGGGUUCGAUGUCAAUAUUAGAAGGCAUCCAAUGAGUGAGAAGCCACAGCGGAGGGCAUACUGCUCGGAGGAGAUGGGCCAAGAAAGAAGCCGCCCAUCCAGCCAGCAUGGGCGCAGCAGGCAGCAUCACCAACACCACCGGGAGGGCCGGCACCACAAGAGCCGCAAAGCCCGCUCAGACAACAACCUUCACUUGGUGCCUUUGGAGAAAGCACAGAGGCCAUAUGAGCCUCACCAGCAAGCACAGAGGCCUUUUGAGCCCCAGCAGCAGGGUCUAGUGAACCCCCCUUGUGGAGGCAUGGUCCCACAGCAUCCUGCACACAGGCUGCCUUUGGCCUACUCCCAAACCCGGUCUGACUAUAUGCUUCAGGGUUCAGCUCAAGGAGACCCACGACUAGAGCAAUUUAUGAAUCUAUACAGAGAUGAGGAUGACUGUUGUUCUACUUGCUCUUCCUCAUCAUCGGACUCUGAGGAAGAGGGCUAUUUCCUGGGCCAGCCAAUCCCUCAGCCACGAGCGGCAGGGCGGUACUACGCUGAGGACUACCCUACAAGGGUUACAGCCCUCACUUCCCUGAGUCAUGGCUCACAGACUGGUCGCAGGAAGAGCCACCGCUCCAAAAACUGUAUCAUCUCCUAACAGCUCAUUAUAACCUGCACUAUGCUCAGCAAUAAAGUCAGAUGUUCUGAUCAUAUGAUGGUUUUGCGGAUCAAACCUAUUUGUAGAUAUGGCCUAUUACAGAAGGUGCUUGGCCAUAUGUCAAGAUGCAUAUCAUAUUUAGGCCCAAUUGUACUGAAAGAAGAAAUUAAUUCAAACAACUUAGACGGAUCUUUGUAACAUAUAUUCAGAAUAGAAACAUGUGUUGGUGUAUGUUCAAAUUGGUCUUCAUUUAGCAUUGACAUAAAGGAUAGACUGGUACAUUUAGAAGCCUUUUUUGAUCAGUAUUAGGCAGAGUGGCAACAUAAAACCUUUUGUUCUUUUCAUCAUUUGCCAUUAAGUUGUUUUUAUUUUAUUUUGUACUAUUCUUGUGUUAUGUUAUACAUUUUGCAGCAAUAUCUUUGUGAGCAUUAAAAUGGAAACGCAUUGUACAAAGAGUUUGAUAACUUAGAAAAUAGAAUCAAACCAAAUAAUUAUUUAAUGCAUUAUAGUACAAAAUGAUAAUGUAUAUACUAAGUUAAGAUUUUAAUACUGGUAUUUUUAUAUCUGUGGUUUAAAGAAUUGUUUUCUUGGAAGUGUAUGCUUUAGAAAAGCGCAGGUGUAAAGGCAAACGAACAGACCUCGUUAUAAUAUUUGAUGCGAAACAAAGAAGGUGCCACUUAAUAAAUUGUUCUUCACAGUAAAGUGCCAUGUUACUCUGAUGUCUAUUACGUAUAUUCCACAAUGCUUACUCUUGCCGUACCAAAUAUGAAACAAAUGGCAGUAACACUUGUAUUUUCCAUAUUCAGCUGAACUGUUCACUCCCCUUGCUCUGACAUAACCAGAUAAAUGCUUUGUGAUGUAAAAACGCUUGUAAUAAAUAUUUUUCUCCUCUCAAAGAUUCAA